AUGAUUGCGCCUAACGAAGUAGGUGAUGCCGAUUUAGCCUCUACAUCUAUUCCGCAGAGAAGAAAACCACGCAAACUACGACAUAAACGACCUAUACAACAUGGCCUCGACGAAGCGGUAGAGAAGGAACCAAAUGUUGAUACGCUAAGCGCUAAAAAUCAAACUCUGAUUUCCAGGACAUCUGAGGGCGAAUCGAGCUUUGAGGAUGCGUUGGAAGAGGAGCCCCCGGCCUUUGAGCCUCAAGUCCAACCAGUCCCUCAACAACAACGUCAGACUCUUCGAAAUAGGCCAUUUCGUGACGAGGAGCAGGAACGCGACGUGGCCGAGGAUGAAGAGGUUUCCCUCGGUGCUGAACGUCAGAGACUGAGACGAGGCCAACGCGGCGAUCAAACGCUCAUCCGGUCAAACACUAUUGAGGAUGUUGGGAGAACAGUCGGACAGUCCGGCGGUUUGGUGCGCCGUAGAACCGAGACCACGGUGGGAACGAUUAAAGAUACAAGUGGACGAGUUCACAGGAGGCCGUCAGAGGAAAAUGAACCGCUAAAGAAGGAGGGAGAUGAACACUUGAGCUUGCGGUUGGACUUGAACCUGGACCUGGAGGUUCAGCUGAAAGCGAAGAUCUCCGGAGAUCUGACCCUCACCUUAUUGCAGUAA